AUGACGUUCACGGUGAACGGGCACGCAUACAAAUACGGUUACUACCUUGGUGAUGGGAUAUACCCGGAUUAUUCUACAUUGAUGAAGGGAUACUCGGUUCCUCGAAGUGAAAAGGCAAAGUUGUUUACAAAAAAACAAGAAUCGACGAGAAAGGAUAUCGAGAGGGCAUUUGGAGUCCUUAAGCAGACAUGGCAUGUAGUGAAAUAUGCUACACGACUCUGGGAUAAAGAAAUAAUUAAAAGAAUGGUCCUAGCAUGUAUUAUAAUGCAUAAUAUGAUUAUUGAAGAUGAAGGUCGAGCGAUUUACACAUAUGAUCCGAACGACGCUGUCGUUCCAAUUAAUGAGUUCGUACCUAGAACGAACGCGUUUUUAAAGCGAGUUGUUGAAAUUCAUAACAGUGAAACGUGUUUCAAUCUUCGAGAAUAUGUCGCAGAACAUUUGUACCAACGUAUCAUGAACGACGAUUAG